GCGCGCACCGCCCCUUCCGCCGCCGCUCCCGCGAGCCCAGACCCAGCUCCAGCCCCAGUCCCGGCCCGGCCGCCCCGGCGUCGCUUCGGAGCGCGGCGGCAGCUGACUGCGCGUUCACGCCCCGCGGGGAGCAGCGAGCCCCGCCGCCGUUAUGAACAUCCGCAAUGCGAGGCCAGAGGACCUGAUGAACAUGCAGCACUGCAACCUCCUGUGCCUGCCCGAGAACUACCAGAUGAAGUACUACUUCUACCACGGCCUGUCCUGGCCCCAGCUCUCUUACAUCGCUGAGGAUGAGAAUGGGAAGAUUGUGGGGUACGUCCUGGCCAAAAUGGAAGAGGACCCAGAUGACGUGCCUCAUGGACAUAUCACCUCACUGGCUGUGAAGCGUUCCCACCGGCGCCUCGGCCUGGCUCAGAAACUGAUGGACCAGGCCUCCCGAGCCAUGAUAGAGAACUUCAAUGCCAAAUAUGUCUCCCUGCAUGUCAGGAAGAGGAUCAGCGAAGUGGAGCCCAAAUACUAUGCAGAUGGGGAAGAUGCAUAUGCGAUGAAGCGGGAUCUCACCCAGAUGGCCGACGAGCUGAGGCGGCACCUGGAGCUGAAGGAGAAGGGCAGGCACAUGGUGCUGGGCUCCAUCGAGAACAAGGUGGAGAGCAAGGGCAACUCACUUCCAAGCUCGGGAGAGGCCUGUCGUGAGGAGAAGGGCCUGGCCGCUGAGGAUAGCGGUGGUGACAGCAAGGACCUCAGCGAGGUCAGCGAGACCACGGAGAGCACUGAUGUCAAGGACAGCUCAGAGGCCUCUGACUCGGCCUCCUAGAGCCUGCAUGUGCUCCUCUCCCUGCCCUGGCCUGCUCAUCCCAUCCUCACCCUGUGAGGUUUCACAAUAAACUUCACCCAGUGGCCUUGGGGA